AUGUCUGCGAUCCUGGCGGAAUGGGUUGACCAGCGGGUUGAAAUCAUCACGCACGACGGCAGAGUGUAUCUGGGCACACUGAAGGGUCUGGACCAAAGUACAAACGUCAUCCUGACAAAUACCAUCCUGCGGUCGUUCACUCGUGAGGGAACCGAAGACAGUCCUAUCGGCCUCUUCCUCGUCCGCGGCGACAACAUUGCCCUGGUCGGUCAGAUCGACGAGGAGGAUGACCAGUCGAUCCAGUGGGACCAGGUGCGGGUGGAUCCGCUCGAGCCGAUCCGUUACUGA